UGUGUUUUCCCAUGAUCCCACAGCUUAGAGAGGGCCAAGCCAGCCAAGCACUUCAAGCCACAGCGCCACAGCUCCAAGCGGCCAAGGGGCCAAGGUCUAUCAUAGAAGCGCAGUAGUAGUCGCGCAGUGUUGACUCAGUCAGCGUCCAGUUCUUUUGGUUGAAGAAAUUGUGCGACAAGUUCACAUUGUCUAGCGUAAGCUCUGAUAGUUGUCGGCAUGUCUACGGUUGAAGAGACCACCGAGCUAAAAGCUGGCCAUCCACCCGCAGUGAAGGCUGGUGGCAUGCGCAUCACUCAGCAUAAAGUGUGCACCGGUCACGAGAAGGCACCUGAGCUGAAGAAGGAAGAGGGAGAAGAGGCUGCUGUGGAGGUGUCCACCAGCCCUCCAAAGCAGCACAUCAUGAUUUCAGGAGUGGUAGCCAGGGGCGAUGCAGACUUCCCUACAGAGGCAGUGCAGGCAUACCAUAACAAGCCCCAAGCAUCGCACGAUUACAGACCUGCCGCUAGCAAGACCAAUAUUAUCCACCAGCCAAGGAAGUAGGCAUUUUAGAACUGCAAAAGCUCAUGGCAUUCGCUUGAAGAUAGCUGGGAAAAAAAAAAAAAAAAUCUGCUUUGUUGGACCAACUUUGCUUUCACGAGCCCCCUGGUUUCAGGGAGGUGUUUUGUUUUUGUUGUUUUUCUUUCUUUGAGUAAUUCUGGGAUUACGGGUUAAGUUCUCUUCUCCAGAUUUUCGCUUUGUCUUGCAGUAUGUGGGAUAUUUCAUUUUUAGGGUCUUUUAUCUUUGUUUUGCUUUUGUGUGAGGUUUUGUGUUGAUACACACCAAACUGUUUUGUCUGCUGAAGAAGGUGGUGUUUGUGGUUUUCUUGUAGAAUGUUGGAAAUAAACCGCUCGACUGGUAAA